CCGACUCCAACAACUAAAACUAUUUGUGUCUUCACCGUGUAAAUAAAAGAUUUAUCAAUCGCUUGUGAAAUAUUGCUUAAAAGAGGUAAAAAGUUAGUAAGGACGGCAUUAUCAUGGCAGAGGAACUAGAUGAAACUCUCUGCAAACAGAUUUCUGGACUUGUGCAGAUCCUGACAACAUCUGGAAAGCCAGCACUUAAUCAAGAGGUCAUGAAAAAGUUCAAGAAACUUUGCAGGAAUUCUGAUGGCUAUGUGAAAUAUGCAUUUGACAUCAUGAUGAAGCAACUGCAUAUAAAGCAUUCUGAGGUUCGUCUGUCCGUCUGUCAGAUGAUUGAUGAGCUGUUUAGCCGUUCCCACGUCUUCAGAGAGUUGUUGCUGGAAAAUAUUCACACUUACUUCGAAUUAUCCACAGGGCUAGACAAAUCUCUGCCUCUUCCUCCACCAAAACAGGUUGCCAAGGUGAUGAAAGAAAAUGUUCUCAGGAACUUCUACCUAUGGUUCGAGAAGUAUGGGCCGGCAUACAAGAAGCUUGCCCUUGGAUAUGAUUUUAUGAAAACAUGCAAAAAGGUUGAUUUUGAUGGUAUAUCAGCCACUGUACAGCGAGAACGCGAACUACAGGCUGAUACAGACAGGAAAAUGGAGGCCAUAAGAUGUGAAAAACUCCAGAAUGCUGCCAAACAGUGGCAGGAAAGUGAAGCUGAAAUUGAGAUAUGUGUGACUCAGGUUGAAAAUGGUUUAGAGCUUCUGUUACCCAAGCCAGAUGAGUUCUUCAUACCUGUUGAUGUGCAUGAGGUGACACAAUCAAAACAGGAAGUGACAACAUCAGAGACUAUGACAUCAUCAGUGGACAUGACAUCUCAAAACUCAUCAGGAUCUUCAGCUUGUAUCAACAAGAAAGCUGAGCAUUCAGAGGAUAUCAGUAAGAUAAAUAAUUCUAUGGUAGAUAGUGUCAGUGGGACUGACAGUUACUGUACAAACGGUAUGAUCAAUCGGCUGGAAAGUGACAGCCAAUCCCAAACGGCUACAUCUCAUGAUUCUAGUCCCAUUUCUACUAGUGCUAAAUAUAUUGAACCUGAUUAUCCUCUUGGCUCAGACAGUGAGAAUGACUCUGAAGAAGGUGUAGAAGACUCAAGUCUUGGUCAGCAACACGGUGUGUUCUCUCGCCAGUUUGCACUCACAAUAUCCAUAGGAGGUCCCGAGAACACAACAGUGCAAGAGACAGAAGAUAAUGCUGCUAUUAUAGAGGGGAUACAGGGCCAGUAUCGACUGAUCAAGAACAAGUACCUGCCAAGAGUGAAAACAUGGCUACAGACCUUGAUGGACCACAAAGGUGAAGCCCCCAAUAUUCAGAUGCUCACUGCCUGGAGGGACCGACUGGAGACUGCAGUGAGGAAGUGUGUAGAGCUGGAGAUCAAGGCCUCGAGAAGGAACAGGGAGGACAGUGAAACUGAUGAUGAUGACUUUGAGGAGGUGCCAGACAAGUGUGGUUAUGAGGAGGACAUCCCAGAACACGUGAAGCUCGAGGCAGCCAUGACAUCUACUGGAAAGCAGAAUGGUUCUAAGAAACGGUUUAAAAGGAAGUCAGUGGCUGAGAAGAAAAAGCUGAAACAAUCUGCUGUGAAAAUGCUUACGCUACAACCAAGAAUUUCCUCUACCAUCACAUAUGACGUUGCAAACGAUAAUUCAGAAGCACAAGAAAAGCCUGAUGACGAAGUCCAAGAACCCUCCAUCAGUCAAGCUGGUUCCCUUCAAGAUGACAAACAGUCCAGUUCAAGCGCUUCAAGUCAUUCAACAUCACAUAUUGGUACCACGUCCAGCCAUAUGUCGGAUAGAAAGCAGUCACUGUUUAAGAAAGCGCCCAUCGUACCUUUUGGAAUUGAUAUUGAACACUGGGAAAAUUCUGACCAGAUAAAAGCACCUUCAAAAGUCAAGUAUGAAAACGCCGGUAGAUUCUGGGUGCCCGAGAGGGAGCAAGACGAGGGUCUGGAGAGUGCUGGUCCCUCGGAGGAAGUCGCUUCUCUCACCCGCAGAACGUUCACUUACGUCGGCCACCUGGAGCCAAUCAAGUGGAAGUGCAGGGCGCCGCUUUCAAAUGGGAAACUGUGUGAACGCAUGGACAGGGAGAAGUGUCCAUUCCAUGGUCGAAUCAUUGGCCGUGACAAGGGAGGUCAGCCUACUGAAGCAGAUGAUAUCGAGAGGCUUUCAAGGGAGAGAAUUCUCAAACAGAUAGAGGAGGGCUUUGAAGACAGUGACUCUGAUGGGGCCCAAGGAUCCAAGGGGAAGGGAAAAGGCAAGAGGACCCGUAAACGAAAGUACCCAAAUCUUACCGACGUCCGAGAAAAGGAAACUAGCCGGACCCGACUGGAGGCCAAGAUAUUUAACAGGGCCACAUUAAGGAAGGUCAGCAAUGCCCUUGAUGCUGAUGCUUUGAAAAAAAUCUCCGAGAAAUUUGGAAACCAGUUUAACUAUAGCCUCAAAUAGCUUGUAUUGGUAUGCAGGGAUGUGUAUGCAUGCAAUGAGUACAGCAAACUGAGUCUGGACUGACAACAUGUGAGUUUGAUGUACACACAAUUAUUUAAAGGUGUUGAUAUAAAUUGGGCAUCAAUUAACACUUAAGUAGUGUGACAAUUCAAUUAUGAAUAAUUAAGGUAGAAUUGGCCCUUUUAAAGCAGGGCCCCCCCCCCCCCCGGCUCAAUUUUGUUUUGGACAAAUUUACUAUAUUUCGUAAGAUUUCUUCAUAUUUUAGUUAUUUUAUUAGGGUUUUAGGAAGAAAAGAAGUGGAACCCAAUGGAUAUUUCUUUAGCCUGAUACUUAAUUGUAGCCAGUGGCUCAAAUAGCAAUUGGAAAAAACGUAUUGUUUAGAAUAAAAAAACACUAGCAAUACCAACUUGAAUUAAAAUAGUUGACAUGCCAUAUAAAGACAGUAAGAUAAUACGGUAAAGAGCCCAUUUGCUGUGCUGCUACCAUGAAACUGAAACUGGUGGCUUCCUCCAUAAUUUUGUUGCUUAAACAAGUUUUAUACUGCUUUAUUCAACCACAGUAUAUUCUGCAGUAUUUGAAUAAGGUCAUUUUGAUGGGAAACUUUAAAAAAAUUAAUGCUUGACAAUAAUUUAAUAUUAUACAACUUAAAGCGGGUAUAUACGAUUUUGUCAAAUAUUUAUGAAUUUAUAUUAACUGUGUAAAAAACUUAUUAUAUAUAUAUUUCAAUAUAAAUUAAAAUAAAAGUUAAGAAGAACAUGUGUCGAAAAAUGCGAAAUAAGCCAGAUAUUUAAUUCUGAAAUUGAAAACGGCUGUACAGCCGAAUUCGCCAGCAUGUAUACCAUACAUGUACGAUGUGCAUCUAAACUUAGUUAAACGGUUUAUUUGAAUUCCUGCAACGGUAUCUAUUCAUACGACACACGAACACUAUCUCCGAUCCUAAUACAAAGACGAAUGCUUCGGUUAUUGUAGGAAAAUAUGUACGUCACUAUCGGCUCGGGGCGCUAUUUUGUCUUUGCUGCAUUUUAUGAAAUUCGGCUUUAAUGUGUAAUUUUUCUUGCCUAUUUUGUGUUAUUGUAACAUAUUUUAUCAAUAUAUUACAAUUAAACACAUAUACAAAAUCGUAUAUACCCGCUUUAAGAAAUUGUUUGAUAUUUACUAAAUGUGAUUUUUAUAUAAUAAGUGAAAACAAUUUUUAACCUAUAUAUGCAGAUGUUGAUCAGGAUGUAAAAAUUAUUUUGCUGUUGUUAUCGUCUGUCAAGAUUUUAUCCCACAUGGUGUUAGGGACAUUUUACGACAGUGGAACCAUUAGUAGUACUUUAUUAGAUUAUUUUAUUUAUUAGUAUUGAUUGGAAUUGCCAAAUGUGUUAUUGAAGCAGAUACAAGUGCUUUAAAGCAGAAUGUAUUGGACAGACACAGGGGAAUUAUUGGACAGACACAGGGGAAUUAUUGGACAGACACAGGGGAAGUAUUGGACAGACACAGGGGAAGUAUUGGACAGACACAGGGGAAGUAUUGGACAGACACAGGGGAAGUAUUGGACAGACACAGGGGAAGUAUUGGACAGACACAGGGGAAGUAUUGGACAGACACAGGGGAAGUAUUGGACAGACACUGGGUAAAACUACUUACAAUCUAACAAUAUAUCAGGUUGAAAAAAUAAAUUAUAAGUGUAAUCUUAUUUAUUAUUUAUGUUGUUUAUUUAUUAUUGUUUUAUAGUCUUAUGCUACCUCAUAUGUUGAAGUCUCGUGUCAACAUUCUAGCCUUAAAAGCCCAUGAACACUCAAAAUCAAAAAAUAUUUCGUACAAUAUCUCAAAAAAUAAAGUAAACACAUUAAACUCUAUGUUCCUUAUAACAAUAGCCAAAGUUUCAAUGCUAGAUGUGGUCUGGUAACAUAUAUUUAACAAGAUACAAAAAGCUCUUUUUUGUGUGGGACAAUAUAUAUUAAACACAUGUUCAUGUACUAAGUUAGUGUUUGUGUGUCGUAUGAAUAGAUAUUGCUGCAGGAAAUUAAAAUGGAAUAUAUUGUGCAAUUUUUUAUUUUUUUUUAAACAAGCAUUUAAUAUCUUGUUAUGUCUAUGUUACCAUACCACAUCUAGCGUUGAAAGUUAGGCUGUAUGUAUAAGGAACACUGACUUUUUAUGGGUUAAAUAUUACAAAACAUUUUGCAAAAUAUUUGUUGAUUUUGAGUAUUGAUGUUACUUUAAUUACUUAUUGUAUUUAGUGCAUGCAUUUACAACACUCAGGUGUAUCAAUUAUAAUUUUGAAUAAAUUUAUAAUAAAUAUUAUAAAUGAAAAACAGUGUAUACAUCAUAAAAUUGUGCUUUUGCUGUUGUUUUUUCCUUAGGAAUGUUUUAUGAGGCUGUCUAACUUUGGAAAUUCACGCACUGUUUAAAAGGAAAUAUAUACCUUUUUAAGUGAGGCCAAAACUUGGUUUACCAUUUGAUUUUGUAUUAAUUGAAAUGGAAGUAUUGACAGCUUGUGCGCAUUAAAAAAAUACAGAACCUGAAAAUAGUGUUGAUAUUGCUUAAACAAAUUGGCCAUACAUUAUAUGUGUAUGUACUUGUAUUAAUAAACUGUGCCCUUAAUAAGUUGUAAAAUAAUAUAGUAGCCUUGCUGCAUGGGGAGUCUAAAUUAAGCUGCAAGCAUGUAUUUUAAUGUUUAAACAUGAAUAAUGUAUGGCUAUUUCAAUAUGUUUGAUUCUACAGUAUAUUGUAUGCAAAGCACUUAAUGCAUUUGGAUUAAACUCUUGUUCAGACUUUAAAAGGUUAAAAUUAAGUUGUUGUUUUUUAUGCCACCGGAUCGAAAGAUCAGGGGCAUAUUGUUUUUGGCCUGUCUGUCUGUCAUUCAUUCAUUGUGUGUGUCCCAAAACUUUAACCUUGGUUAAAGUUUUGCAAUAACUUUUGCAUUAUUGAAGAUAGCAACUUGAUAUUUGGCAUGCAUGUGUAUCUCAUAGAGCUGCACAUUUUGAGUGGUGAAAGGUCAAGGUCAUCCUUCAAGGUCAAAGGUCAAAUAUAUGGCUUCAAAGCGGCGCAAUAGGGGGCAUUGUGUUUCUGACGAACACAUCUCUUGUUAUUUAAAAAAAAAAGAGAUAAUGUGUACUUAUCACAAACCAUGAUAUGUUGGCAAUUGAUUGCAAAACUUGUUUUCAGGAACAAUAUAUGAAUAUAUAGAAAUUAUGAGCCUACAUAAACUAUAUAAGGAAAUGAACUGUUGUUGAUACCCAUUUGACUGUUAUUUUUAGCAGGUAACCAAUUACCUAUUAAAUACAUGGCGAUACAUACACAUUUCUCAUCGUAUUGACUUGUAUACAAAGUACUUUCUUUUAUUUGCUUUGUGUGUUUUGAUGUAAAUGUUUUUUUUAAAUAUGCAAUUAUUCAAGUGCUAAGGGUUUAUAACAGUAACAUGUCGCUUGUACAUUUACCUAGGGAUAAGUUGAGACCCGAAUUGUUUAUACGAAAUUGAAUGCUGGUGAAAAUUUUUGGCAUGAAUAAUGAGAAUUCGAAACACAACGCAUUUGAUGAAACAAAAAGAGAUACUGUUAGAGUGUUAGUGAGCUGUUUUGCAACGUUAUUUGCGUCUGAUAAAAACAUACAAUCGGAUAUAGAAAACUAUAUCAUUAAAACUAUGGGUGCGUACAAACCCACGCUUACCCGGAAUUCUUGUCAGGACUGCAACGUCCUUAUUUUCCAACUGUUAAAUAAGUUGACGUAAAUGUACAGUUAUCGGAGGCUGCAUGCCGCUUUAAACAGUUGUCACAAAUUGGCAGAUCAUGGUUUCAGUAAGAGGCCUGAUAUCAAUAUUGCUAAUCGAGGGCUGAACGGAGAACUGUUACAACAGUCUUCCGUUCACCUAUCGAAUUCUGAUUGUGACGGAGGCCAAUUGCUUGCUACACCUGCUAUCUCGGUUGAGGUAACACAGAGUUGACGUAUGUCAAAUAUGGGCAUUUUGCAUAUUAUAUUAUGAUUAAUUUGUACUUUAUACAUUUUAAUAAACACUUGUUUUAUGUAAAUGAUCUUUUGUGGGCACGCAAGUGACAUUUCAUCUGCUAUAACUAUACUAAGAUUAUUUCAAUUAUGCUUAAACAAUUCCCUUUGAUCUUCUUAAUUUUUCUUUGGAAACUUUCUUUGGGCAUGCUAUCCUGUUUGACAAAUGCAAGUUUUCCGAUCGAUGUUUUAGUUAUGAACACUUCAAUUACUAUUCACUCUGCCUCCGCUAAGCAACCAAUAAUAAAGCAAUCUAUGUUUCGUCUCUGUGAUGUGUAUUGUGCAGUAAAUAGUUGAAGAAA